AUGUCGCGUUUGAUAGCUUCGGCUCUCUCUUUGCGACGCGAUCCACGCAUCCUCAAGCUCCCGCCCUACCUUUCCCUGGCCUGUAUCCUCGGCGGUAUUGCAUGGCUUUUCCUGCUGCCACUGAAUGACUACUCCAGACGGACCUACAUCUCUGAAAAUGCGUUGCUUCCUGGCCAAGUACACACUUACUUCGGUGGAAGCGAUCAGAACGUCUUGCGGGCCUACAAGCAUGAGGUGAAUUCGGUCAAGGACAAGUCUAACUAUGAGAUCAACGACAAACUAGAAGAAAUAUUAAAGAAUGUUGGCCUGAAGGUUGGCCGCCAGAACUACACAUACGAGUCGGCCGGCGACAUCUACUCAGGGGAGAAUAUAUACGCCAUUCUCCAAGCCCCACGUGGCGAUGCGACAGAAGCAAUCGUGUUGGUGGCAGCCUGGAAGACAGUCGAUGGCCACUUCAACCAAAAUGGCAUCCCGCUAGCUUUGACCUUGGCACGGUAUUUCAAGAGGUGGUCGCUAUGGUCCAAGGAUAUCAUACUAGUUAUCCCUCCCGACAGUAGGACGGGUACCCAGGCUUGGGUAGACGCUUAUCACGACUCUCACGACUCAUCUCGCGUGAACUCUUUGCCUCUCAAGUCCGGUGCUUUGCAGGGUGCUAUUGCCAUCGACUAUCCGCAGGAGCACCGCUUCGAAUCCAUUCACAUCAUUUAUGACGGUAUCAACGGACAGCUUCCAAACCUUGAUCUCAUCAACUCCGUCGUCAACAUUGCCGGAGGACAAAUGGGAAUGGGAACCGCCAUUCAGGAGAUGUGGUCACAUUCGGACAAGUAUCAGGAUCGACUGCGCACCAUGCUUCGCGGCAUGUUGAACCAAGGCCUUGGUCAUGCCUCUGGUCCGCACAGUAGCUUCAUUCCCUAUCAUGUGGACGCCGUCACUCUACAACCUUUUGGCGAUGGUUGGCAUGAUGAAAUGGGCAUGGGCCGUACUGUUGAGGGUACGUUUCGUAGUCUGAACAACCUUCUCGAGCACCUUCACCAGAGCUUCUUCUUCUAUCUUCUCAUGCAUAAGGAGAGAUUCGUCAGCAUUGGUACAUAUCUUCCAAGCGCUAUGAUCCUUGCUGCCAGCUUUACAAUCACCGCAAUUUCGUUGUGGGUGAAAAGCGGCCACCAGGAACAGGCACCGGCUGCUAAGGCUCUCGCCAACAUCGGCUUAUCCACAAAAUCGCCGAAAGACACCGCAGGCGAGGAUACACAAACGCCAUCUGUUCCGGCAGUGGAGCGCGAUCUGUUUCUGCCCCUUGGCGUCGUGGCCAUCUGUCAGUUUCUGGGCGUUGUGCCGUUGUACAUCUUCAACCACAUGCCUGCAAACGUAAGUCUCGAGCAUCUCCGAUCCUCUAUAUGCUCUACUAAUAGGUAUCGCAGAUGCUGUCAGGCGCAUAUACAACCUUUGCACUCACCAAUUGCGCCUUGCCCUUUAUGA